AUGGACUGUCUCUUCCCCACCCCACCCUGGGGUGCCUACGGCAGCGCCCUGCAGGACAACCUCUCCAGCCCCAACCACAGCCUGCUGCCCGCUGACCUGCUGCUCAAUGUCAGCCAUGGCGCCUUCCUGCCCCUUGGGCUCAAGGUCACCAUUGUGGGACUCUACCUGGCCGUUUGCAUCGGGGGGCUGCUGGGGAACUGCCUGGUCAUGUAUGUCAUCCUCAGACACACCAAGAUGAAGACGGCCACCAACAUCUACAUCUUUAACCUGGCCCUGGCGGACACCUUGGUCCUGCUGACGCUGCCCUUCCAGGGCACCGACGUGCUCCUGGGCUUCUGGCCGUUCGGGAACGCCCUGUGUAAGAUCGUCAUCGCCAUCGACUACUACAACAUGUUCACCAGCACCUUCACGCUGACCGCCAUGAGCGUGGACCGCUACGUCGCCAUCUGCCACCCCAUCCGUGCCCUGGACGUCCGGACGUCCAGCAAGGCCCAGGCCGUCAACGUGGCCAUCUGGGCCCUGGCCUCCGUGGUCGGCAUCCCCGUGGCCAUCAUGGGCUCGGCGCAGGUGGAGGACGAAGAGAUCGAGUGCCUGGUGGAGGUGCCUGCCCCGCAGGACUACUGGGGCCCCCUGUUUGCCGUGUGCAUCUUCCUCUUCUCCUUCGUCAUCCCCGUGCUGAUCAUCUGCGUCUGCUACAGCCUCAUGAUCCGGCGGCUGCGGGGCGUCCGCCUGCUCUCGGGCUCCCGGGAGAAGGACCGGAACUUGCGCCGCAUCACGCGGCUGGUGCUGGUGGUGGUGGCUGUGUUCGUGGGCUGCUGGACGCCCGUCCAGGUCUUCGUGCUGGUCCAAGGGCUGGGGGUUCAGCCGGGCAGUGAGGCGGCGGUGGCCGCCCUGCGUUUCUGCACCGCCCUGGGCUACGUCAACAGCUGCCUGAACCCCGUCCUCUACGCCUUCCUGGACGAGAACUUCAAGGCCUGCUUCCGCAAGUUCUGCUGCACGUCUGCGCUGCGCCGGGAGGGGCCGGUGUCUGACCGAGUGCGCAGCAUCGCCAAGGACGUGGCCCUCGCCUGCAAGACGUCAGAGACCGUGCCGCGGCCCGCAUGA